GACCGCAGCGACGCACAGGUUGAGACGCGGGGGCACCGUGAACGUAGCUACGAGUCUGAACCGCGCGCGGCUUCACGGAGUGCCGCCUGGCGGCCGAUUCGGGUGAUGUCGCGCGUGUGCCUUGCAUUCGAAAAAUGGCCGACAGCGGGGAUGGUAUGAACAGCACGUCGUCCGGGAAAGAAGCAAGAGGCACGCUUUCCGAUGGCCCGGUCACCGAUCCAGCGUCCAGUAUGAAGAGCCUAGAGGCAUCAAAUAAUGCCUUUCACGGCGCGAGAACAAAAUUAGACUCCAAGUCUGGAGCAUUGAAGAAGUCCAGUCGCUACCGGAGCCGCUCCUUGUCAGCUAGCAGCACCGACAGUUACAGUUCUGCCUCUUAUACAGGAAGCUCAUCCGACGAGGAUGACGUCUCACCGCGCGAGAAGAUCCAGAAGACAGAGAAGGGCUUCACGGAUUUUUGCGUGCGUAACAUCAAUCAGCAAGCCUUCGGCCGCAGAGAGAUCGAGAUCGCCGAGCAGGAGAUGCCGGGAAUCAUGGCAUUGCGGAAACGCGCGGGGGACGACAAGCCGUUAAAAAACGCCAAGAUUGUGGGAUGCACUCAUAUCAACGCGCAGACCGCCGUUCUGAUUGAAACACUGGUGGAACUCGGCGCGCAAGUGCGAUGGGCUGCAUGCAACAUUUAUUCCACACAGAACGAGGUAGCCGCGGCGUUAGCGUACGCCGGAUACCCGGUGUUUGCGUGGCGUGGCGAAACUGAGGAGGAUUUCUGGUGGUGCAUCGAUAAAUGCGUGGCUGCUGAAAAUUGGCAGCCUAAUAUGAUAUUGGACGACGGCGGUGAUGCUACUCACUUGAUGCUCAAGAAAUACAACGCCAUGUUCAAAAUGAUCCAAGGAAUUGUCGAGGAGAGCGUCACAGGUGUACAUAGAUUAUAUCAGUUGUCAAAAGCAGGAAAAUUGUCUGUUCCCGCGAUGAAUGUGAAUGAUAGUGUGACUAAAACGAAAUUCGAUAAUCUCUAUAGUUGCCGCGAGAGCAUCAUUGAUAGUUUGAAAAGAUCCACUGACAUCAUGUUUGGAGGGAAGCAAGUAGUAAUAUGCGGUUAUGGAGAAGUCGGGAAGGGAUGCUGUCAAGCUCUCAAAGGCUUAGGCUGCAUCGUGUAUAUCACCGAGAUUGAUCCCAUAUGCGCUUUGCAAGCCAGCAUGGACGGCUUCAGAGUGAUGAAGCUCAAUGAAGUCAUUCGAAAUGUAGACAUUGUUAUUACAGCGACGGGCAAUAAAAAUGUGGUCACGCGCGAGCACAUGGACAAGAUGAAGAACGGAUGCGUCGUGUGCAACAUGGGCCAUAGCAACACGGAGAUAGACGUCAACAGUUUACGCACGCCCGAUUUGACUUGGGAGAAAGUCAGAUCGCAAGUGGACCAUGUUAUUUGGCCGGACGGUAAGCGCAUCGUUCUGCUGGCAGAAGGUCGUUUAGUGAAUCUGUCAUGCUCGAGUAUUCCAUCCUUUGUGGUGUCGAUUACUGCCGCUACACAAGCGUUAGCCCUCAUCGAACUAUUUAACGCGCCACCAGGACGAUACAAGAGCGACGUUUAUUUGCUGCCGAAGAAAAUGGAUGAAUAUGUAGCGUCAUUACAUUUACCCACUUUCGACGCACAUCUGACGGAAUUGACGGAUGAACAAGCAAAAUACAUGGGUCUUAAUAAAGCGGGUCCAUUCAAGCCUAAUUACUAUCGUAACGAAAAUUGUAUGCGCGACGUGUUGCCCGCCAUGAACGAUGCAUCAUCCGCGACUAUUUAUACAUCAGCCGUUUUCCGCAAAAUGCGGAAAUCAGCCGCGUUUCGCAGGCGACUAAUGCAAAACUCGUGUACAUAAUUAUUUAAGGAGGGAGGACCGACACACGAAUUAAGGCGAUAAGCUCUAUCGUGGAUUACAGCCUGUUAAUCUCUGGUUAUCAUUGUUACUCCCUCGUGCACGGCACGAGGAAUGAUUUACGUAUCCAUACGUUUAGGAACAAAAUAAACGCCUAUCAUUUAGAGAAUUGAUCUUUCAGAUUGUUCUUUCUUGGAACCACCCUCAUCCUCUUGAUUGCGAGUUGAAACCGCUUCGUGUCGGUCCGCAUUACGAGUUAAAACCGCUUCGCGUCGGUCCGUAUUAUCAACAAUAAUUAACCGAAAGCACAAGACGCACAUUGAAUUUCAUAUUGCGUAAGAAUUUAUCUCGAUUCGUUGCAGUCCGUUCCAAUAAAAAUUCUCGGAACGAAUCAGGGCAUGACUCGAUCUCACAUCAGGAUGGAUCAGCAUCACCAGAAAAGCAAUCGAAAUAGAUUUGUUACGGAAAUAUUCGUGAACUAAUGUUUAGUUUGGAGAUGAUACGUGAUCUGUGAACGGAUAAGUGCAUUCCAGGUCUCCGUUAUGAGGCGAGGAAUAAAUUGAGAAACGAAGUCGCGUGGCACAAGCGUAGGCGAGAAUAAGUUUAGGACAGGGAAAAUCAAUAAUGACAAUGUUCCUACUCGAGGCCAGAGUUUUCGUUAAAUAAAUAUGUAGCAUUAUACAUAGCUAGAAUUUGUGAACCGUUUGAAUGGUAAUCCAACGAUGCGUCCUCUGAUCUGACGUUCUCCGUUUUGAACAUGAUGGGAAACCUAUAUGAAACGGGAAGCAUUAUUUUGUCUCCAUUGAUUCGAAGAUUCUUGUUAGCGUACAACCCGUACAACACAAACAGCUUAUAUCGAUGACUCGUGAAAACCGCUGCCAUUCAUUCCAACAAG